AUUGCUAGCGCAUUUUGCGCAUUACCUUAAGAGCAUAGAAAAAUUAUUCUAUGGAUUUGGGGGCAAUGUUACAAAUUAAUUUGGACUAUUCAUCCUUUACAGUUUGCAGUGAAUAAUUGCUCGGAAGAGUAAGCUUGGGGUUAGGAAUAAGAAUUUCAAUUAGUAGUAUUUACGCUGCUUUGUUGGAAUCAAGUUGAAGGCAAGUCCAGCCACCAGCAAAACAGCACUCCCCAAAAAAAAUGGUAGAUAAAAUUUUCAAGAAAGAACUUGUGAGUUGGUACCUCAUCACCCUCAAACUCAAGGAAACUGUAAGAGCCAGAAUCCAACAAAGUUCAACUCCUACUGGUACUACUACAACCCCAUCAAUUGAAUACCCAGAAAACCACCAGCAACAAAGUGGGAUUCAGCUUGAAACUGGUCAGAAUUUUGAAGAGGAGGCCAACAAACCACCAGACCAUUCGGCGUGGGUGAUCAACAUCAAAGAAAAACUCGACCAAGCCCGCCAAGAAAACGAAACAGCUGUCUGGGCAAAGAUGUGCAUCUACAGAGUCCCUCAGUGCCUGCGAGAAAAAGAGGACAAAGCCUACAUCCCCCGAACCGUCUCCUUGGGGCCUUACCACCACGGUCAGAGACACCUCCGCUCCAUGGACCGCCACAAGUGGCGCGCCCUUCACCGUGUCCUCAAGCGUACCCAACAUGACAUUAAUCUAUAUCUGCACUCAAUUAAAGGGCUUGAAGACGAGGCCCGUGCUUGUUACGAAGGCACAGUUACUCUCAGCAGCAAUGAAUUCGUGGAAAUGAUGGUGCUCGAUGGUUGCUUCAUACUGGAGCUGUUCCGAGGGGCUAUUGAGGGCUUCAAGAAGCUCGGCUACUCCCGGAAGGAUCCGAUCUUCGCGAUGCGUGCCUCGAUGCAUUCGCUUCAGAGGGAUAUGAUAAUGCUCGAAAACCAGAUUCCCCUCUUCAUACUGGAUCGUCUGUUAGGGCUCGAGAACGGCAAUCCUGACCAGAGAGGACUGGUAGCCAAGCUAGCAAUCCAAUUCUUCGAUCCGCUAAUGCCAACCGAUGAAUCAUUGGCGUCAUCACCAUUAUCACUCGGAUAUGCAAACUUCGAUCCAUUUGCAGACCAAGGCGGCCUUCACAUCCUCGAUGUUUUCCGGCGAAGCCUCAUGCGUAUCGGGCCUAAACCCGUACCGAAAAUGUGGAUCAAGCGGUGGUCGUCGCAGACAAACAGGGUCGUCGCCGACAAGCGCCAGCAACAAUUGGUCCACUGCGUGACUGAACUGAGAGAAGCAGGGAUUAAAUUCGAGAAGAGGAAAACCGACCGGAUUUGGGACAUAAAAUUCAAGGAUGGGACUCUGAGCAUUCCUCGGCUGUUGAUCCAUGACGGUACCAAAUCGCUCUUGCUCAACCUCAUUGCGCUGGAGCAGUGCCAUCUAGAUUGCAGCAACGACAUAACUUCGUAUGUGAUAUUCAUGGACAAUUUGUUUAACUCGCCGGCGGAUGUGGCUUACCUCCAUUACCACGGCAUAAUCGAGCACUGGCUCGGCACUGAUGGUGAAGUAGUGGACCUCUUCAACCGCCUUACGGACGAGGUGGUUUUCGACGCCAAUGGAAGUUAUCUUUCACGGUUGUCGGAGCAGGUGAACCGGUAUUACAAUCACAGGUGGAACGCUUGGCGUGCCAGCUUGAAACAUAAUUACUUCCACAAUCCCUGGGCUAUCUUAUCCUUUGUUGCUGCUGCGGUCUUGUUGGUGAUUACUUUUGCUCAGACAUUUUAUGGAGUUUUUGCCUAUUACAGACCUCUUUCUUGAGUAUUGAGUUCAGAACAUCUGAUUGUGUAUUCACCAAAAUGUAUUUUGUAAUUUCUCUAUCAUUUCUUUUUCAGAGAUGGUCGUCAUACGCUGCAAAUAUCUUAAAACAUUAUUAAUGAAAGCUUGAAUUAUAAUUAUCGGCGUUUACCAA